AUGGCCGCGAUAAUUCAUGUUCACGGUUGGGGGAAAGAAGGGCACUAUGCUAUUUGCAAGAUUGCUGAGAACUAUCUUACCGAAGAGGCUUCAGCUGCAGUCAAAGCAUUGCUUCCAGAUCUGGCUGAAGGUGAUCUUGCUUCUGUUUGCUCGUGGGCGGAUCAGAUUAAGUUCCACUACCGAUGGAGUAGCCCGCUGCAUUAUGUAGAUACACCUGAUUUUAGAUGCAAUUACCAGUAUUGCAGGGACUGUCAUGACUCUCACAGACGUGAAGACCGGUGCGUAACUGGGGCAAUUCACAACUACACUCAGCAGCUAAUGCCAGAACAAGAUGACACCAAUUUAUCAGCCGCCAAAUAUAACCUGACAGAGGCACUUAUGUUUCUAUCGCACUUUAUCGGUGAUAUCCAUCAGCCAUUGCAUGUUGGCUUUAUCGGAGAUGAAGGUGGGAACACAAUUACCAUCCGUUGGUUCCGGAGGAAAACUAAUUUGCAUCAUGUGUGGGACACCAUGAUCAUUGAAUCUGCUCUGAAAACUUUCUACAACAAGGAUCUUGCAACCAUGAUCCAGUCUAUUCAGAACAAUAUGACGGAUGCCUUUGUUGACACAUAUUCUAAGGAAAAUUGCAAGGGUACAGUUUGUCCAGACCCUUAUGCUUCCGAAAGCGUCAGUUUAGCUUGUAGGUUUGCUUACAGAAAUGCCACUCCUGGAAGCACAUUAGAAGAUGAUUAUUUCCUAUCUCGGCUGCCAGUUGUCGAGAAGAGACUGGCCCAAGGCGCUGUCCCAUGGAGCAAGGAAGGUCAUGCCAUGACAUGCAAAAUUGCUCAGAAAUUUUUGGAACCAGAAGCAGCACAUAUUGUUCAAAUGCUGUUACCGGAUUAUGUUAAUGGCGAUUUAUCUGAACUCUGUGUAUGGCCCGAUCAAGUAAGACAUUGGUAUAAGUACCGUUGGACGAGCCCUCUUCACUUCAUUGACACACCUGAUCAAGCCUGUAAUUUCAAACAUCAGAGGGAUUGCCAUGACCAAAAUGGAGUUAAGGAUAUGUGUGUAGCUGGCGCUAUUCAAAACUUCACGAGUCAGCUUUCGCAUUACAUGCAUGGAACCUCCGAUCGACGCUAUAACAUGACAGAGGCCUUGUUGUUCUUAGCACACUUCAUGGGAGAUAUUCAUCAGCCGAUGCAUGUUGGCUUCACUAGCGAUGAAGGUGGAAAUACAAUCGAUUUGCGCUGGUUUAGACAUAAGUCCAACCUGCACCAUGUGUGGGAUCGAGAGAUAAUUCUUACAGCUGCUGCAGAUUUUUAUAAUAAAGACAUUAACCUCCUGCAAGAAGACAUCGAGAGAAACUUGACCGAUGGCAUAUGGUCCAGUGAUCUUGAGGCGUGGAGGGAGUGCUCGAACGUAGUUUCAUGCGACGACAAGUAUGCAGUUGAGAGCAUCAAAAUAGCUUGUGAAUGGGGGAGAUCAAAGACUGAACCUUCACCUAGCAUCUCUACUCAGCUCUUCCUUUAUUAG